UUGGGACACUAUCAGUUCCAUUUGGAAAGUGUCCUCAGCAGCACGCGUUACAACCGGGACAGUACAAACAAAUCCUUCGGGUGCUUCAGUGACUCACAAUAAAGUUGGUUGUGCUACUUUCGUGAGAAAGGUGUGACUUGAUGGCCGUUACCAGCACCACCAACGGGUACGUUAAGAUGGCGAAAAGAGGAACCAUAUUCAUGGUGGUUUGCAUCGGACUGGUGGCAAGUGUGCAGAGUGUUGCCUCGCUCGCCCAAGAGCGUCGCAAUCUGGCGGCCGAAGCGUGUACGGAUGAUGUUGGCGAAAGGCAACAUUACUCUGAUCGUAGGAUCGAUCGGUUGGAUCAGGAUCAGGAGCAACGGCUGCUGCUGUUCAAUAAUCGAUUGGACGGAGAGCGGGUAGAAGGGGAGGAUCGGCGCGAGAAGGUAGACCAGCAGCGGGCUUUUGAUCGGUUCGAGGUGGACGCACGACGUCACGAACGGUCAGAGCGCAUGGACAUCGAUCGUGCUGAGAUCGUCCGCCAGGAUCGCCUGGAAGAUGAUGUUGUUCUGGCUAGACGAGAGACUGAACGGCGUGAAAACCGGCUCGAGGAAAGUCGCGAAGGUCCCGUGAAGGAUCGCCGUGACGAGCGUCUAGCCGAACGUCGUCAGGACAGCCGGGAUGAGCGCCGUCAAGACAGGCAGCGGGAAGAAGUUCGGGAAGAGCGCCGAGAAGAACGUGGAGAUCGCCGUGAAGAUCGUCGGGAAGACCUACGUGAAGAACGUCGUGAAGAACGUCGUGAAGAACGUCGAGAAGACUCUCGUGAGGAGCGUCGUGAAGAUCGCAGUGAAGAUCGUCGGGAAGAUCGCCGUGAAGAACUACGUGAAAACUCUCGUGAGGAUCGUCGUGAAGAUCGGCAAGUAGAUCUGCGUGAAGAACGGCGUGAAGACUCUCGAGAAGAUCGCCGUGAAGAUCUUCGUGAAGAACGUGGAGAAGCCUCUCGUGAAGAUCGUCGUGAAGAUCUGCGUGAAGAACGUCGAGAUGCCUCUCGUGAGGAUCGUCGUGAAGAUCGGCAAGUAGAUCUGCGUGAAGAACGGCGUGAAGACUCUCGAGAACAUCGCCGUGAAGAACGUGGAGAAGCCUCUCGUGAAGAACGUCGUGAAGAUCGGCGAGCAGAUCUGCGUGAAGAACGUCGAGAUGCCUCUCGUGAGGAUCGCCGUGAAGAUCGCCGACAAGACCUUCGAGACAAUAACCGAGAUGAAAGACAGCGUCAGGAACGACGUGAGGUGCAGCACCGAGAGGAUCGCCGUGAAGAUGUUCGAGAUGAUAGCCGAGCUGAACGUCGAUUAGCGGAACGUCGUGAGGAUCAGCGAGAAGAUCUCCGGGAUAAUAAUCGUGAGGAACGACGCGAGGAUCUGCGAGAGGAGCGCCGUGAAGAUCGCCGUGAAGAUGCUCGAGAUGAUAACCGAGCUGAUGGACGACUAAAUGAACGCCGAGAGGACCUGCGAGAUGAUAACCAAGAUGAAAGACUGCAACGUCGAGAGGACCGCCGACUAGAUAUGGCUGAAAGCCGUCGAGAAGAACGUCGAGACAACACCCGAGAAGAACGUCUGGAUGAACGCCGCCGUCAAGAUCGCCGAACGGAGGAGCGUCAGGAAGAUCUCCGCCGAGAACAGCGUGGCGAAAGCCGUGAAAACAUCCGAGAGGAACGUCGCGAGGACAUCUCGGAGAAGCGUCGUGAAGUUCGUGCCGAACAAUCUCCUGAGAACAGUCGUCGUGAAGAACGUGCUGCAGAAAGGCGCGACACUACUCGCAGGGAACGAGCUGAACGUCGCGAAGCGGAAGACCGACGCAAUUUCCGCGAGCUUAACAACUUGAACGAACGUUACCAGGGUGAUGAGAAGCUGGUGGCCGCCUUCCAGCAGGAAAAUGCUUUCCUUUAUCAACUAAUCCAAACGGCAGCUCUGGUUGGUCUUGCUGGUUACUGGCUGCUUAAGGGCUCCGACUCGGGCGCAGCAAGCUACGAUGAAGAAGGCCUGAAGAAGAAGAAACCGAUCUCGAUGGUGGCAGCCAUCGGAAAGCUGCUCACUGUCGAACACAAGUAAAGUAAUCUAACCACUUUUACUAUCACUAACACACUCUCUAAUAUCCAGUGCAUUUUAGUAGAACGUCACAGGUAUAUGUGUAGUCGAAAGAACAAAAAAUCACAAACGCAAAGGCUUAACAGACAGUACAAAGAAGCAACCAAAAUCUCUAUAUAAUCCCUCUAAUAGUAGUAGAUCGAUGUACACCAACACUUACCAACAUUCCGUUCACUUAACAACCAUUAACUGACCAUCGGAGCAGCUACUUAUAUAGCUCAGCUCAGCUGAGCAACUGUUAAAAAAAGGGAAAGAAUCGGAGAGUAAAGUAGAGCAAACCAUCAAGAAAAUGCGUGUGAUAGUAGUGAGAUGGGCUGGCAUUUAUAAGAAAGUUUUAAGUUUCCAAGACACUUUAUAACUACCAACACACACACACUUAACUACUCGUAAACUUACACGAUGGAAGUUACAUCUAAAACCACUCUAAUAAUGCUGAUGAAUAAUAAUAAUGGAGGUUUGUGCAGCACGGGCAAGGACGACGACAACGGGGAAGGCGAGGAUAUAGGAGUAAUCGACGACGACGAUGAUCCUUAAGCAAUAAAUGUGUGUGUGUCCGCACACUUACAGUUCUCCCAAACCAACCUAGUUUGCACCUUUAGAGUGAAUGAUCGAGCGGUGAUGCUGCAACAUAAGUUACCAGCACACACUAUUAGACGCAAAAUGGGAGUUAAUAAUAAAUCAUAAAUAUCCUUGUGUAGCAAAACAAAAAAAUAAACAAAAUUUAUGUCUCUUUCAAUAAACUACUGAUGAGAGAGAGAGGAUAAUAAAAAAAA